GCAAAACCACCAUCUCCAACGACGGCGCCACCAUCCUGAAGCUUCUGGACGUGGUCCACCCUGCGGCCAAGACGCUGGUAGACAUCGCCAAGUCCCAGGAUGCAGAGUUUUGGCCUUUGGUGCUAAAAAGGGUUAACCAUCCCUGUCCUGUUCCUAAUCUGGUACAUGACCUGCACCAAGGCUUCCUAUGGGGGCCGCUUGUGGUCGAUGACCCCAGCCUUCUUCCUCUGGUCCCACAGGAUUAUCAGGCCAUCGUGGACGCCGAAUGGAACAUCUUGUACGACAAGCUGGAGAAGCUCCACAAAUCCGGGGCCAAAGUCAUCCUCUCCAAACUGCCCAUCGGGGACGUGGCUACUCAGUACUUCGCGGACAGGGACAUGUUCUGCGCUGGCCGGGUCCCCGAAGAAGACCUGAAGAGGACCAUGAUGGCCUGCGGGGGAUCCAUUCAGAGCAGCGCAAACGCCCUCACGGACAACGUCCUCGGGCGCUGCCUCCUCUUCGAAGAGGCCCAGAUUGGAGGGGAGAGGUAUAACUUCUUCACAGGCUGCCCUAAGGCCAAGACCUGCACAAUCAUCCUGCGAGGCGGCGCACAGCAGUUCAUGGAUGAGACGGAGCGUUCCCUGCACGAUGCAAUCAUGAUCGUUCGAAGGGCGAUCAAG